AUGUGUACUAUUUCUCAGAUAAUUCAGAGCAAGGCGGAAUUCCCGAAAGAAAAUGGGACGUCAUUAAAUAUUCAACAGAUAGCGUGGUUCAUUUUGUUAACGCUUAUCUACUCGAUAGCAAUUUAUCCGGUGGAUAGCGUUUUCCAACCUUCGAACAACUUCGGUCCUGGUCUCAAGCAUUUUCCAUUAUCUGCACCUUCCCUUUUCCUGAUUUGCAGGUCUCUAGAGGAGGACGAUGACUUCUGGGCGCGUACAAGGCAGGAAGCUGCCAAUCUGUCUGCCACCAUUAAUGAAAUACUGGGAUCAUAUGAUCCGAAAUUACGCCCUAAUGCUGGUGGUGAGCCUGUUGAAGUAACUGUUGAGAUCAAGGUUGUCUCCUUCGGAGAACUCAACGAAGCAAAUAUGGAAUACUCACUGGACAUUUUCUUUCGCCAAUGGUGGUAUGAUCCAAGGUUCAGGCAUAAUUCUAGCACACCUUUUAACAUGGCGGCAGAUCCCUCAUUGCUUUUCUGGACUCCUGAUACUUACUUCUUUAAUGUGAAGAGAAUCAAGUAUCAUUUCGUGACUCGUGAAAACAUGCGCGUGAUGAUUCAUUCGACAGGAAAAAUUUACUUUAGCGCGAGGAUAACUUUAACGGCUCAAUGUGACAUGGACUUUCGUUUGUACCCAAUGGACACCCAGCACUGCCCAUUAGUUAUUGAAAGCUAUGCACACACUACUGAUGAUAUGGAUUACAAAUGGCGAAAGACUAAAGCGAACAAGGGCAAAGGAAUUGAGAUUGUCUCCAAAGAAAUGGCGCAGUUUGAACUGGUUGGAAUAGAAACUAAGCUCAGGGAUACAAAAAACAGCAAAGGUAAAUGGUUUCGUGGAUGGGUAAUGAAUUCUUAUCACUCGAUGAAUUCAGAAUUGGUGAAACUGUCAAUUUGUUUAAAUGCAGGUUCAUUCGCCAGUCUGAGCGUGGUGUUCUCAUUCAAACGUCGGUUGGAAUACUUCGUCUCCUCAGUGUUCUCUCCAGCAGUAACACUAGUCGUUCUCUCGUGGUGCUGUUUUUGGAUUUCCCGUUAUGCUGUUCCUGCGCGCGUGUCCUUGGGGAUCACAACAAUUCUCACAGCUAUUGUUCUUUUCGGUUCCGUGAAUGAAGCUAUGCCUCCAGUCAGUUACAGCAAGGCUCAAGACUAUUUCCUUUUGGUCAGUUUCGGAUUUAUCUUUCUUUCAUUUCUGGAGUUUGUGAUCGUGUUGAAUACAGAUCCUGAUCCAAGAUGGCUUCAAUGCCUUAGAAGGUGCUUCAACAUAGAAUCUGACAAGGAAGAGAAAAAGCCACUGAAACCUGCAGAAGCGGUGCUCGAGAAAGAGAAUAGCUCCAGUACUGAGCCAGACACGGAACUCGAAGCAGAGAUCACUCAACCCCCUGAAACUGUCCUCGCUGCGGUAAACAAUCACGUGUCACCGUGCAACCACACCCUACCCCGGCGAGUUGUGGUGUCCAAUGGACAACAAGGGGCUACAGUUAUGCUGCUAGAUAAGUCAGGUGAAACGCGUCAUGGAAACAUUCAAGUGAAAGCCACUAAUCGUGUAGAACCUAAGAAACGGAAAUCACGCGGUACCCACUGGGUCGAUAUAAUGUCCCGUAUCAUAUUCCCCAGCUGUUACCUUACUUUUCUGGUAUUGUUCUGGCGAAAGUUCGUACAACAGGUAACGCUGUAAAAAUUUAAAAUAAAGAUCUGCGAGAUCUGCUUAUUUUGUAAAGACUCUGAAGCUUUUUACAAGUUUAAAUUACUCAGGCAGGUCAAAGAACUCAUCACAUUGCAUGCAAGUUUGAUACAUUUCAGAUAGCUGCUCUUUUGCUACGAUAGCACUAGUUGUAAAAACUACUGUUUAAAUUUACAAAUUAAGAAAGAAAGACACAAUCAAACCUGCGUAUUUGGUAAUGAUUCAAUUUCAGGAACCAUUAGCAAUAAGUCGCACUAUUUUCUUUUGCACCCUGAAGAUAUUACCUCCUGAAUGUAACAAGAAUGCAAAGUGCAUCCUCUGUCCGCGACCUUUUUCACUUGCAUUUAGUCGUGUUGAUGCAAUAAAACUCUACUUGACCGCGUGACUUAGACGACGUAUAUAACGGAAUUUGCUAAAAAAAUCCCCUAGCUCGCUGAGUACAGUUGUAUCAUAUUCAAAAUUGCCUAUUUAAAAUCUCAUUUGAAAUCUAACAUAAUAAUGCUACACUGCUGCAACUGUAGCAGAAUUAAUGUAGCGUACGUAGUCAAGGUUCAAUAAGAUGCAUAGUAUAGUACAGUCGUAUAGGAUUUAAGUCGGGUGGCCUUUCAUACUUGUGGCGUUCGGUGGGAACCUGCUGGCAGUUGUGUAGGAGUUGAAGCUUUAUCUAGCCAUCAUAGGAUACGUCAUAACAAUAAACCUUUGUAUGCAGACGGAUGAAUGGUUGUUUUUGUUAAGCCCUGACCAAACAGACUCGCAAGUAAUCGCAAGCAGCCGGAAGUUGAACUUGCGUAGAGAGUUGUGUUGGGUGGCUAAACGGACUCGCAUGUUUCCUCGCAAGUACCCGCAAGUCGCUAUAAAAACCAUUUCAAGUCAGAAAUAUCCUGUAUUUCAUUGGCUAAUAAUAGGUUAAUGGACGUCUCUCAACUUGCGUUGACUUGGGUUGAGUGGCCAAACGGUGAAAAACUUACGUCGACCUGCGUGCAAAAUUGAUCUCGACCAGCAUGACCGCAAGUCAUCGUAAUUCAAUGCAAGUGCACGCAAGGCCUGGCCAAACGGAGUCGCAAGUGGACCCAAGCUUUCAACUUGCGUCUACUUGCGACUCCGUUUGCCACCAAAAUGUGGAGAUUUGAGGUGUUAUUCAAAAGUGUACUUGGGAAUGUAUACAUCGAUGUUGAAAUU